UGUAGUUUAUUAGUAUCCUAUCUUGUUCCCUCCAAGCACACGAAUUGAAACACACACGUAAGCAUGAGUUAGGGUUUAAGCGGCCCAAAGUACAGAGAACGACGAAACAAACUAAAAUGGAAGUGCAGUCAAUUUGUCUUCGAAUUCCAGUCCCACAAAUCAACUCCUCAAAUCAUCGUCUCUUUGCUCAUCAAAUUGUCUCUCCAAGCCACGUCGGAUUGAAAGGUCGAAAUGUUCGUCUUCGAAAUACAUAUAGAUCGCAUCUUUUGCCUCGUUUAACGAAUAAAACUGGAGGGUCUUUGUUAAGGCCGUUGCAGAGAGGAGCUAUAUUAUGUGCCUCUAAUUCUGAUACUGAGGCAAAGUUGGACCUUUCUAAGGGCGGAAAUUCUGAUGUAGCCGUUGGCGGUUACAAUGGGGUGGAGCCAUUUCGUGGAAAAUCAGGUUCUGCUUCGUUUUAUGGCUUAAAUCACCAGCUAGUGGAAGAAGGGAAGUUGAUGUCAGCUCCUUUCCACGAAGACAAGGGUUCUCUCCUCUGGAUUUUGGCACCUGUUUCACUCAUACUGUCGUUGAUCCUUCCUCAAUUUUUUUUACUUGGCGAUGCAGUAGAAAAUAUCUUUAAGUAUGAGGUUCUUAUAGAAAUUGUGUCUUCACUAAUUUCUGAGUCUACGUUUUAUAUUGGUCUUGCAAUAUUUCUGCUUGUGACUGAUCAUGUUCAGAGGCCAUAUUUGCAAUUCAGUCCAAAGAGGUGGGGACUUAUCACGGGUCUCAGAGGAUACUUGUCAUCUGCUUUCUUUGCAGCAGGCUUUAAGGUUGUUGCUCCUCUCUUUGCCGUCUAUGUGACUUGGCCAGUGCUUGGUCUGCCAGCCUUGGUUGCAGUGUUUCCUUUUAUAUUUGGCUGUGCUGUUCAACUUGCAUUUGAGACAUAUCUUGACAAGCGUGGGUCAUCUUGUUGGCCGCUGAUUCCAAUUAUUUUUGAGGUAUAUAGGCUAUAUCAGUUGAGCAAAGCAGUUCAUUAUUUUGAGAGGUUGAUGUUCUCAAUGAGAGAUGCUCCAAGCACCCCAAAAUUGAUGGAGAGAGGUGCUGCAAUGUUUGGCAUGGUAGUGACUUUCCAAGUCCUUGGUUUGCUUUGCCUUUGGUCACUGUUAACAUUUCUUCUAAGGCUAUUUCCUUCAAGGCCAGUGGCUGAGAACUACUAAUUUUUACAAGUAAUAUUUAUAUUCAUUUGUAAUGGUUGUUGAACUAUUUUACUAGUGGGUUGUACAUUUAGGUAAAUGCUAGUUGCCAUGGUGAUAAAGUAAUGAUCCUGUUGGCCACAAAGUUUUUCUCCAACUGGGAUACUUGUUUGAGAUAGUUCUGAAGUUUGAAAAUUUGGCUGCCUAGAUAGGGGAAAUGAGGUCUGUUAGACUCAUAACUGUUUCUAAUCGGUGGUGACCACUUUCUUAUUGCAUCUCAAAAUCCAACAUUUUCUUUAUCUGUGGGGGACUUACCCACGUUGACAUGGAGUGUGUGCAGGCAAAGGGGAGAUUUUUAUAUUUUGCUGUUAGAUAUUAAGCAUAUAUUUGUAUAAAUAAAAGAAAAUGGAAAUGCAGAUUCAGUGAUUUCCCAGUUGGCUUCAA